AUGACAGCUGCACCCCCUAUAUCAGAUACUCCAGAGGUUAGAUAUAUAAAAUUAUUUAUUAUUAGAAUUUAUAUUGUUAUUGGUUCUAAAGGUUAUAUCUGGUUGAACUAAGUCGUACACAACUGUUUGAUACUAUCAUUUUUCUUUUACAUCUACCCUUUUUACAGAAAAUUGCUCUUCCCAAAGCUUGGCAAGAGACCUUACCAAUUGAGCAACAACGUUGGAUGAGCAAAGCACUGUACCAGUUCAACCCUUCGACUGGCAAGUCCGAGAUAAAGAAAGAUCUCAGGAUGUGGUGGUUCCCACCAGAGCCUGUCCAUAUCUGCAACCACCCACCAGGUUCACCUGACACUUACUUUUUAGAACCCUUUUUUCUCUGGGCACCACAGAGAAUUUGGGGCCUUGAUCUGCACUGCACCGAGGAGUGUAAAGCAAAUCAAGCUAAA